AUGUUCUUCAAUGUGACCUCUGAAACGUGCGAAACUUGUCCAAUAAGCCAAUGUCUUCCAGGUUCUUUUUCAUUUGACGGCUUAGAGCCGUGUUGGACAUGCGACGUAUCCUCCUACCAGCAUAUGUAUGCUCAAGUGGAAUGCUUCCAGUGUGCGGCCAACCUCACCACUUUGAAACGAGGCUCCAGGUCGUCAUCAGAUUGCAAGGGCCAGUGUGAGGAGGGGUACAUAUCGAAGUCUGGUCUGGAGCCGUGCCUCGCAUGCCCCAAAGGAUACUACCAGCCUGGCAAGGGUGGAAGUUUGUGCAUGGCGUGCCCAUCAAACACGACGACUACUGAAGUCGGUGCUACCUCCUGCUCUCAACAGUUUGAAGCUUUGCAAGCGUCAACCAAUCACAACGAGAAUGAUCUGGUGAUGAAUGAUUGCUUCAGCAUGCCCUGUUUGAAUGGUGGUUCAUGUGCGGUGAUGUUUCUUUCAUACCAAUGUACGUGUCUGCUUGGAUGGACUGAUGAUAUGGUUCUAACAUUGACAAAUCGUUUCGGUUUCGAUAAAGUUGUCGAAAAUUUAUUGAAAGGAAUGAACUGUGAAAUUGAAGUAAAUGAAUGUCUCUCUGAGCCCUGCUUGAAUGGAGGGACUUGCAGUGACCAGCUGAACGGAUAUUCCUGCAACUGUCUGCCUGGUUUCGCUGGAGCCAGUUGCGAGCGUGAUGUCGACGAAUGUGCCUCCAUGCCCUGUCUUCAUAAUUCCACCUGCCUUGAUUUUGUCAAUAGGUUCCACUGCAUCUGCCAACCUGAUUACACAGGUUCAUUCUGCGAGACUGUAGUAGACGAUUGUUUAAGCAUCACUUGUUUCAACGGGGGUACGUGCGUCGAUGAGAUUGCAGGCUACACGUGCAUUUGUGACGAGGGGUACCUGGGCGUCCACUGCGAGGUCGAGAUCAAUGAGUGCCGGUCCAAUCCCUGCCUACGUGGUGCCACAUGCGUUGAUCUGGUCGCUGGCUUCAGUUGCAAGUGUGAGGAUGGAUACGGAGGGUUGUUGUGCGCUGAUGAUUUAGACGAAUGCCUGUCAAAUCCCUGCCUGAACAACGCCACAUGUAUUGAUCACGAAGCACAUUACAAAUGCAACUGUCAGCCAUCUUACGGAGGAACCAAUUGCGAGAAUAAAUUGUCAUCGAACUUCGACCUGACAUUUUCUUUUGCAUCCGUCACUAACUACGCCUUCGUUGAAAAUGCAUUAAGAUCUGGUGUCGUGGAGAAACUCAGCGUGGCCUUCUGGAUGAAGAAUGGAGACACUGACAGUCAGGGAACGCCAUUUUCUUACUCGACCAAAGAUCAUGAAAAUGCUUUCACAUUAACAGAUUACAAUGGUUUUGUUCUUUACAUAAAUGGUCAAUCAAAAGUGACCGACGUAACGUGCAAUGAUGGCAGAUGGCACCACAUUGCCAUACUCUGGUCUGGAAGAGAUUGGGCUAUCUACAAAGAUGCAAUAAAAGUGGAUUCGGGUCAGAUGAAAGUUAAGAAAACUGAAAAAUUAAGAAAGCUGACUAUGGGUCAAUGGGUCACUGUUUUUGGAUGGGUUAAUGUGUCAUUGGUCAGAACAUUUGACUCACUGACUCAUCAACAAAAAGGUGAAGAACGCUUAAAUAUACCAAAUAAAACAGAUGAUAACAUGCAAUUGGAGGACUUGAUCUUGAACACAGUUGUUGCCAAAGAAGGAAGAAGCAAUUCGGAAUCUCUACCUUUUGAGAACACAACACAUGUUACAGAUGUCUCUGAACAGCCUAGUAAAAAAGCAAAAUCUUCUUUUGCGUGGUUUCAAAUUCAAAAUAUAGGUGUCAACAAAGCAAAAUCCGAGACGAAAUCUGUUUUUUAA